AUGGAACCUGAACUUGCAAAAAAUAUCAAAAUCUCUGACCAUGACAGACCUUCGAACACACCUGUUCUCUCCAUUGAGAUAGCACCUGAGAUCACCGUGUCCCUCGAUCACUAUAUGGGUAUCAACGUUACAGUUCACCGAGAGGAAGAUGGCAUAAAUAAGCCCUGCAUCUUCCACUGGGACAUACACUGUGACCCAUGGGGUCCUUCGGGCUUUAUGCUCUUCCAACACACGCCAGAAGGUCUUAAAAAGAUCGAAGGAAAUCACCAGCCCCCACCUCCCGAGACUUUGGAGUUGACAGGACGGGAAGCUUAUUUUAAUGAGCUUCUUCCUGGUCAAUGUCUCGGAAGGAACAUAGGUAUUCCCCUUCCCUUUUCCGACCAGCUGGUCCCGGGUGAGAGAUAUGAGCUACUCUGGCCAGGCGCUGAAUAUGCUCUGUGGGACUGGGGCACUCUCCGUGAGCAUAUAGGUCACAAAGUCGGCGUGGGAAUGGGAGUACCCCGUGCUAUUAUUCCUGGGGGAGCAUGCUCCUCUCUUACUGUCAUACAAGAGAAAGAAGUUUUUAAAUUCGGCCCGCCUCCGUCACCUAGUGUACUGGAAGGCCCAUCUAAGAUGAUCUGGGGAGAAAGGAUCAAGGUCAGGAUGAAAGUGUCCUACGAUGGUUUGACCGACGAGGUUGGCGAGGCAGUCCUUGCAGACGCGAAACCAAUUAUUAUACGGAACCUUCCUUUUUCAUUUUCGAAUUUUCUGGUACUCCGCCGCUGCCACGAUUAUGAUGAAUGGGAUUCAGAUAAUGAUGAUCUGGAGUGGGAGAGAUAUCAUGACGACAGCUGGAACCUCUCUUAUAAACUUGUGGAUGGACCCAACAUUGAAGUCAAUGUCACCGAUGAGGAGUUAUUCUUGAGUCUACAGCCAGGGGAGAGCUGGACUGAUGAAUUUACUUUUGAUCUCAGCGAGCUACACGAGGAUACGGCUGUCGGUGACUCCUAUCGAUUCCUGUAUUGGGGUGGCUGCGUUAAAUGGUGGAUUUGGGGUAGUCGGGAAGAACAUAGUAAUACCACGGUGAAAGCGCCACCCUGGAGGGGUGAUGUUGUUGAUCCUAUUGACAACGAAGGAAAACAGAAAAUCGUUAUCCCUGGGUCUAAUACGGUCGAGUUUGUUCUCGUUGACAAAACAUAG